AACAAGAAGGCGCAAGAACCAGAACAAGAAGUAGUUGUUCAUGUUAACGUAGACGACACUGUUGGCAGGCAGUGUAUACAAGUGGUUUGCAGUGUGUUAUUGUUCAACAUAUUUCUGUUUACUAAUCCAGGGUUAGAACUUUUAAUCGAGUUUCUCCAACGACAGCUUCUUGAAGAUGAGCUUCCUGUUUGGCAGUCGCUCAUCUAAGACUUUCAAGCCCAAGAAAAACAUCCCAGAGGGGUCCCAUCAGUAUGAGCUGCUCAAACAUGCUGAGGCCACACUGGGCAGUGGGAACCUGAGGCAGGCUGUCAUGCUGCCAGAGGGAGAGGAUCUUAAUGAGUGGAUUGCUGUCAACACGGUGGAUUUCUUCAACCAAAUCAACAUGCUGUAUGGCACCAUCACUGAGUUCUGCACUGAGACCAGCUGCUCUGUGAUGUCUGCUGGACCGAGAUAUGAGUAUCAUUGGGCUGAUGGCACUAAUAUUAAGAAGCCUAUCAAAUGCUCUGCACCCAAGUACAUCGACUACCUGAUGACCUGGGUGCAGGAUCAGCUGGAUGAUGAGACACUUUUUCCCUCCAAGAUUGGCGUUCCCUUCCCCAAGAACUUCAUGUCUGUGGCCAAAACCAUCCUGAAGCGUCUGUUCAGGGUUUACGCUCACAUCUACCACCAACAUUUUGACUCUGUGAUGCAGCUGCAGGAGGAGGCCCACCUCAACACCUCCUUCAAGCACUUCAUUUUCUUUGUCCAGGAGUUCAACCUUAUUGACAGGCGAGAGCUUGCUCCCCUGCAGGAUUUGAUCGAGAAGCUUGGCUCCAAGGACAGAUAGACAUUUCAUCAAGUAUCAGCUUUUUUUUUGUUUAUUUACAUUUUCAUUUUCUCUGUUGUCCCUCUCCGUGAUCUUUGCUACCUCUGACUUCAUGUCUCAAAUCUUGAGAUCUGUGCCUUCUUCAUUUCAUUUCCUGAACGGUUGUACUGUAUUUUUCCUUUUAUGUUGUUGUUGUUGUUGUUGUUGUUGU